GGUAGCCUUGCAAGAAUUGCGGAUAGACAAUUGUGAUGGGCUGAAAUGUUUGUGGGAGGAGCAAUGGCUGCCUUGCAAUCUUAAAAAAUUGGAAAUAGCUAUUUGUCAUAAUCUGGAGAAGCUGUCGAAUGGAUUGCAAACUCUCACACGUCUUGAAGAGAUGAGGAUAUCGUUCUGCCCCAAACUAGAGUCAUUUCCUGAUUCGGGUUUCCCACCAAUGCUAAGACGCCUUGAGUUGUUCUCUUGUGGGGGUCUAAAAUCGCUGCCUCAUAACUACAACUCGUGUCCGCUUGCAGUCUUGACGAUUCAGUGCUCUCCAUUUCUCAAAUGCUUCCCAAAUGGUGAGCUACCCACCACACUCAAGAAGCUUCAUAUUGGGGAUUGUCAAAGUCUAGAGUCACUACCAGAGGGGCUGAUGCACCACAAUUCGACCUCUAGCAGCAACACUUGUUGUCUUGAAGAUUUGUAUAUACAGAAUUGUUCCUCUCUUAAUUCCUUUCCAACAGGGGAGUUACCCUCUACUCUCAAGAACCUUUCUAUUUCGGGAUGCACAAACUUGGAGUCAGUGUCAGAGAAAAUGUCACCCAACAGUACAGCCCUAGAGUAUUUACGACUUGAGAGGUAUCCAAAUCUGAAAAGCCGACAAAGAUGCCUUGACAGCCUUCGGGAGCUACUCAUAAACGACUGUGGAGGUCUGGAGUGCUUUCCAGAAAGAGGCUUGUCCAUCCCUAACCUCGAAUACCUUGAAAUUAAGAGAUGUGAGAAUCUUAAAUCUCUAACACAUCAAAUGAGAAACCUCAAAUCUCUGCGCAGCCUGAUCAUAUCUCAAUGCCCAGGAUUGGAGUCCUUUCCGGAAGAGGGUUUGGCCUCUAACCUAAAAUCACUUUUGAUCGUUGGCUGUAUGAAUCUAAAAACACCCAUAUCUGAGUGGGGCCUCGACACCCUCACCUCUCUUUCUCAAUUGACUAUUCGGAACAUGUUUCCAAAUAUGGUUUCCUUCCCCGAUGAAGAGUGUCUUCUUCCCAUUUCUCUCACCUCCCUUACAAUCAACGGAAUGGAAUCCCUAGCCUCCUUGGCUCUCGGCAACCUCAUCUCUCUUCGAUCCCUAGAUAUCUCAUAUUGCCCUAACCUCCGGCCCUUAGGGCUGCUGCCUGCAACACUUGCACAACUUGACAUAUGUGGUUGUCCUACCAUAGAAGAAAGAUACUUAAAGGAGGGAGGAGAAUAUUGGUCCAACGUCGCCCACAUUCCCCUCAUAUCUAAACGUAGUUGAAGUAUGCCCAUUCGCAACUUAGUUCCAAGUUCUUUUAUUUUUACUUUUUAGUUCUUGUUUAUUUUACAUUUUUCUAUCUUAAUGCAAUUUUGUAACCAGGAGGUGUCUUUCGAUAGUUGUGGCUGGAUUGAAUCUUAGAUCGCUCUCCCUUCCUUAAUUUCAACUAGGUUGAUCCUUGAUUGUUCAGGUAUUCCGUAAUUUCUGGAAAGGGGUUUGGCCCCAUUGUUUAGUUUGGGUUCAAUUGUGGGAAGCUUGAGACGCCUCUCUAUGAGUGGCACUGGUGCACCAGGCCUUUACGGAUA